AGUUAAAAAACUUAACGAACGAGUUUAUCUCCAAGUCGACGAAGAGGCGGUUACGUGAACAAGUUGUAUUUUCAGGCCGAGAAGCUGCCACUUUUUGUUUGGCCGCUAAGAAAACUACGACUUUUGUUUAGGAACUUCACGUGGGAAACGGUCACCUAUUACGUGUUUGGUCCAAUCUAGAUGUAUCAAGGGGUUUAAAGAAGGAUUUAUUUGGUGUGUAUUCACAGUGGCUGCUUUUUAGAGAAUUGAGUUAAUGGGGGGUAGGAGUUCAAAGGAGGCGAGUUGGAGGCAGACUUCAUUUCCCCGUUCGAAUUCUUCUUCGCCGAGUGGGUAUCAACCACCAUAUGGCCAAGAAAGUUUCAAUUAUGCGCCCCAACCGUCAUAUUCGUCGCCGCAGGAUUAUCCUUCUUCCCAAGAGUAUGUUUCACAAGAUUAUGGUGGUGGGCAGGCCCCUGAUAACAGAGCGAAGCUAGAGAGGAGGUAUUCAAGAAUCGCCGAUAAUUACAAUUCCUUGGAGCAGGUGACGGAAGCUCUUGCACGUGCUGGCCUUGAAUCUUCAAAUCUUAUUGUUGGUAUUGAUUUCACAAAGAGCAAUGAGUGGACAGGUGCAAGGUCAUUUAACAGACGAAGUUUGCAUCACAUUGGAGAUGGUCGAAAUCCCUAUGAACAAGCAAUAUCCAUUAUUGGGAAAACCUUGAUUGUGUUUGAUGAGGAUAACUUGAUACCCUGUUUUGGAUUUGGAGAUGCAUCGACACAUGAUAAAGACGUCUUCAGUUUCUAUCCAGAUGAGAGAUUUUGUAAUGGAUUUGAGGAAGUGUUGAGUUGCUACAGGGAAAUUGUCCCGCACUUACGACUUGCAGGACCAACUUCAUUUGCGCCUAUAAUUGAGAUGGCCAUGACCAUUGUGGAGCAGAGUGGUGGGCAGUACCAUGUUUUACUAAUAAUUGCGGAUGGACAGGUAACUAGGAGUGUAGAUACUGAGCAUGGCAAGCUUAGUCCGCAGGAGCAGAAAACUGUCGAUGCCAUUGUUGAAGCAAGCAAGUUCCCUCUAUCGAUUAUAUUAGUUGGUGUUGGAGAUGGACCUUGGGACAUGAUGAAGGAAUUCGAUGACAAUAUCCCUGCUAGGGACUUUGACAAUUUUCAAUUCGUGAAUUUUACAGAACUUAUGUCCAAGAAUGUGCCUCAAUCCCGAAAGGAGGCAGAAUUUGCUCUUGCAGCCUUGAUGGAAAUCCCUUCUCAGUACAAGGCAACUAUAGAGCUUAAUUUGCUGGGCGGUCAGAAAGGCAUUUCUCCCCAUAGGGUUCCCCUCCCCCCACCUAUCUAUGGUGCAGCAUCUUCCAGCAACUUGAAGCCUUCUCGUCUUUCCAGUUUUGAACCAGGUGUUCCUUCUUAUUAUGGAGACAGCAAGCCUGUUAGCACUGAACCAAGUGUUCCUCCUUAUUAUGGAGACAGCCGGCCUGACAGCACGGCUCCACCUGUUACUAGUUCCACUUAUGAUAACCAGCUUUGCCCCAUUUGCUUGAGUAACCCUAAGGACAUGGCCUUUGGUUGCGGGCAUCAGACGUGCUGUGACUGUGGAGAAGACCUCGAGUUAUGCCCAAUAUGUCGAAGACAAAUCCUGACCAGAAUAAGACUCUUCUAGCGGCAUUCUAUCUCUUGACCAAAAAUUCUUUGUAGUUCUGCAUGGAAAGUCAAUCUCUUUAUUCGUUAUCCUCUGUAAUUAUUUUAAUUGGAUUUUACCUUUUUGUAGUUUUCUAAGGAUGCCUGUAAAAAAUGUUUUGCUUAUGCCAAAAGCUAUGUACCUACAAGGAUCAAGUGAAAUGGAGCAGAUCUAACGGUGUAUAUGUUGUCAAAUUUUAAAUGAUGCGACAUCAUAUAUAUCGUUAGAUAUAAGAAAAUAAAAUUUGGACAAUAAAACAGAUCUUUUCCAUUUCACUUGACCUGUUGUCCGAGAGAUUAUUGGUUGUUUAGGAUAUGAGGUUUUGCUGGUGAGACCUAUAGUUUUGUCUGGGUGUGAGGUUCCUUGGGUUCUCAUCCAGUUUCCAUUUUUUGAUACAUUUAUUCAUUUUUCCCUCUCCCUCCCAACAAAUAUUUAUUGAAUAUAUGUUUGGAUGUGGGCUUGGAAUCA